GCAGGGUUGGCGACAGCGGGCGCUGCCCACGGCGCGCCCGCCAUGACGAUGGACCUGGGGGCCGCGGUGUCGGCGGGCGCGCCGGUGCCGCCGGGUGCCCCCCCGCGUGCCGUGGUCGGCGUGAGGGCGCUGGCAAGGGCUGCCUCCGAGGGGUCGCUCGGCUCUCCCGGCUGCUUCGUGGGCCCGCGCAGCCUCGAGAGCUUCUGCCCUCCAGGGCCGCCCGUCGCCUACUCCAGGCCUCUGGGGAGCGGGCCGAAGGAGAAGAGACUGCAUAGACAUAGACUUUCGGAGCUCCGCGCGGAUGGCUCGGAUCUGCGCUUGGCCUCCCGGCCUGGCGCGCUGCGCACGCGAGGGGGUGGGGUACAGCGCCGACCUGGGAGAUACGCGCGGACCCUCGAAAGUUGACGUUCAUGGCGGCUUGUCUCAUUCUGGCGGUGAGGCUGGGGACUCAGGGUCGGGGAGGGCGUGAAGCUGUCCGCCCGCGCCCGCUGUGGCGCCCGCGCUUCCCUGCGGUAGCGUCCGGUGGGUUCGCCGAGUGCCCUGGAGGGGCAGGGACCCGAUGAUUGCCCCGUCGGGCCAAGGACGCCGGCGCCCUGGGCGUCGCAGGCCCGUGCCGGUCGCCGAGCGUGCCCCCGCAGCUGCCCGCUGGCCAGAGCGCCGGCGGGAUGGAGCGCAAAGCGUGACCACCUCCGAGCACAGAGGGGAGACAUUGGGCCCAGUUCAAGGCUGGGGGUGCUCCGCGAGCGCAGCGGGAGGGUGCUCGUCUGCGGCGCGGGGGGCCCCUCGGGAGCGCCCCGCGCUGGCUCCCCGUGCCCCCAUGUGCGGGGGACAUUACUUUUAUACAUUUUCUGUUUUUUUGUGCAGGCUGGGGGCCUGCCCCCGGUCCCUGCCCGCCUGGGUCCUGCCAGCAGAGUCCCGAGGAUUUCGUUGGAGCCGAGGCGCCAGGUCACACUUUUAACAGCGUGCAUCUGAUAGCCAGCGAUCGCAGCUUGCAGAUAAAGAGCAGCAACCUUGCUCGCAUGGCAGACCAUCAAACCGACAGUCAGGCUCAGAGGCGCAACGGAAAGAACGCGGCACCAACCAAGCGGGCUACAACACAACAAGAUUGUCAAGUGCGAGCGCUCAAGUCUCACCUUUGUUGCGCUACCUAACGACGCGUGCCACCUGCCUCUCGCCGAGCUGGUUUGCAUUUAUUCAGAAGCCUUCGUUCUGACUUCCACUUCCUUUCGGGCUGCAGCGGUACGGUGCUCUCCGAGGGAGCACUUCAGCAGCUCAGUGCUACAGUGCUUAGAGCCUUUCCUUGCUGCAACAACGAAAGAGGACGCGACAGUGAACAGGAAUGUGCUCAUGAAGGCGUUGCGCUCUGACAGGCAUGGCUUUUUCCAAGGUCUGGUGGUGCCGGCCAGCCCUCUUCGUGUCAGCUCCCUGCCGAUGCGGCACGCAGGCGGCGGCGUCUGCGUGAUGCUGUUGCUCGCGUGGUCGAUCGAACCUUGCAGCCCGCGCGUGCCAAGCGGGAAUAUUAUAUCCUUUGGUCGGCCGGAUGCGCUCAGCUUCGGAUGCCCUGGGACGCAGGUGCAUACUGGGGGAGGGGGGCU